AAUCUGUUACAUUUUAUCUGUUAUAGCAAGGUAGAGAAACGAUGAUUACACACAAAUUACACACGGCGUUUGUGUUGAUUAUACUAAGUUGUAUGAAGCUUGGGAAAACUACCGGUGGAGUACCUUCUAAAGCUAAUAUUGAAUGUUUAAUGCCCGAGGAAAUACCCGAAAGUUUGAGCAUGUUUUAUAAUCAGACCAGUUGGAACGCACUGCGACAACGUCAACGGCACCAAGUCGAAAGAAGGGGUGGUUGCCCGCAACGCAAGAAAGAAAUGUCAUGCCAGAUUUUAUCAAGAGAAAUUGUAGCGCUGACUGGUUAUUGCAGAUAUGUUGACCAAACGGCAAUGUGUGCUGUAUUCGAUAAAAGGUACCACGAAUCCACGACAAUGUGGCCACGACAUCGAGAAUGUGGGCAUACAAUAUUUAGUUCAAGGUUAAAGCUACAUCGAUAUGAAGACGUAACUUACCUGGAUAGAAUAGCAGCAAGAAAGAAGGCGAAGAUGGGAGCCAUGCCUGCAAACGUUGAUUCCCGUGGAAAUCAAUUGACAUUAGCAAGAUGUACCGUCAGACAACAAGUUAGAAAAGAAAGAAAAGGGAAUUGCGAAAUCGUGCAUGGGUCGGUGUAUGGUUGCAGAGCGGGAUCAAAAUUACAGAUUUGGCAUCCUGUUUGUUCUUACUUAGCUGAGAACGGAGCUUGAUAAAACCAUGGUUGCUCUGUGAAAUGAGAAAGUGACUUAAACUGUUAUGACAAAGAAUCAACUUAAAAUAAAUUCUCCACAAUAUAUAGCAGAAAAUUAUAUGAAUGCGUACAGGUGUUUUCAAAUGUUAUUUUUUAGUGUGUGGAUAAGAUCGAAGGAGCAAUGGCGUUUUUUUAUUUUAUAGCGAUUUGAUUUCUUGAUUUUUAAAGAGUAAAGGUUGAGUUCGUGUGACAUCUCAGCAGUCCACUCUACCAUUUUGCUGCCUGCCAAUCAUCUUGGUUGAUUUUUUAAUUCGGGUAGUUUGCAAUCAACAUAUUGGAAAGUUUUUACUUUUACUAUUAGCAAUGAACUCUGUACGUUUCUAAAUUUUCAAAGUUUGUAUCCUUACUGCAGCUUCUUAAAACAGCAACUAUGUAAUAUAUUUCACUUCAUGAA